AUGAGGCUGAGUCAGAACGUUCAGAAGAUGGUUGAUGCUAAUAAGAGAAUUGACGCAGUGCAUGGUGGUCUGAAAAGUGUAGAUAAAAGUUUGGGAGAGUGGAAGAGUAAGGCCGGGGAAGUGCUUCAGGGGGCGAUUGGAAAGGCCAAGGAUGUAUAUGAGAAUCUCUAUCCCGAGAAAUAUGGCGGCACUGCAAAUGGUCACGUUGGCAUUAAAAUCGGUACGAUUGAAGAUAAUAAUAACUUAAUUAUUAAGGCAAAUACACAACUUGCCGGACAUGUCUCCAGUCUGCAGCAGUGGAACUCUGCCGCCGGGAGUGUUAUUGGCAAGGCGGAAGAGAAGUGUGAUCAGAUACUUAAGAGGGUUGAUAAACAAGGUACUGACGCUAAAAUAUUUGAGAAUGCUCAAACAUUAAAAGAUAAGGCUCAGACACUUUUGAAGGCUGCGAGAGACGCUAAGCAGGCGGUUGAGAUGAGAGUCGGUGAGGCCUUGCAGGCUGUUGUCAACAUGGAUGGAGAUCUCAAGAAGGAUUUGAGGACAGUGAGAGAGAAGAUUAAAACAGAGAUUUGGAGUAAAAUUACGGAGGCUGGAGUUUUGACGUUAGAUCAGAAUGUUAGAGAUGAUUUGGGGGAGUUGAGGGAAAAGAUUGGUGAGCUUAAAAAUAAAGUUUAUCCGCCCGGCGGUAUUGUUCAAAGUGAGUUGGAUAAGCUUAGGGUAGCAAAGAGUCAACUGGAUAGAACUACCGGCCCUCAGGGCACAAUUAAGACUACGUUCCAGGGUAUGACUCAAUUGUUCACUCAGAGGAUCAAGGAUCCGCUUGAAAGACGGGUCGGUGUAGUUUACACGACCAUUGAGACGCUUGGCAAGACUUUUGAGGUAAAGGAUAAAGAAACUGUAAUCGCAAAGGUUUUUAAUAAGAUUAAAGGGACGGUUGUGGAUAUUAAGGGGGCGGAGGGCACAUGGCGUUCUAAUAAAUACCAAAAUGACGGCAAAGGUCUCUUGGGCAUUGUUAGCGGUGUCAAACACUAUGCGGAGAAGUUUGACAACUCGGGGAAUGGGGAAACAGAAUUCGACAAAAUUGUGAAGGGUUGGAUUACGCAGAUUGUGCCUAAUGAGCCAGUGAAAGCUAAGGUUUAUGAGUAUGGGAAGGCGCAACUCAACCCGGAUGCACUAACGCUGCUUAACGGUGGAAGGAAUUCUGAUCUUGACAAUAGAAUAGCUACUCAAAUAAAAAUAAAGCUUAAGCAAGAUGUUGUCGAAGACAAUCUUAAAACAGUCAAGGAUGCUUGCUACACAUUUGCUCAAGAGGUUGGAAAACAUAUCAAGGAUGAGACUAAAAUUAAGGGGCUUGCCAAAGAAAUAGCAAAGAAUGUGGAGAGUCACCUAUAUCAUGCAAGGAAGUUCAUAGGUAAUAGGCAGCCUGACUCUAGCAAACCCGAUCCAAAACUCAUUGAAGCUGUUCAGCUCACGCUUACAGCUCUGUGUUCGACUGCUUGGAAAGCCGGAAACGAGGUUGAUUGGUUCGUCGGCAAAGGUCUUCUCAACCUCAGCGCUAAUGUGCACGAUGCUUUGGAGACGGCAAAGACGCUAGAGAAGCAGCUUGAAAGGGCGACAGAAAAGUCCGGCCAGGAUGGCACGGCCCAAGCCGUGGACAGUAGGUUGGAGGCAGUGGGUAGAGAUGUUAGUACAGAGGAUUGA